UCGCUGCCGCCGCCCCCUCCGCAGUGCCGGGCGCCGCCGGGCUGGGAGGGAGUGUGUGAGAAUAGCUGGGCUGUGGGACCGCCGCCAUGAGCCGCCUCUGCCUCCUGCUCGGUGCCCUCCUGGCGGUGACGGCGGCCGGGCCCGCCCAGUUCUUCCGGGAGGAGUUCUCGGAUGGAGACUCGUGGACCCAGCGGUGGGUGGAAUCGAAGCACAAGUCAGACUACGGCCGCUUCGUGCUGACGGCCGGCAAGUUCUACGGUGAUGCUGAGAAGGAUAAAGGGAUCCAGACCAGCCAGGAUGCUCGUUUCUACGCCCUCUCGUCCCGUUUCGAGCCCUUCAGUAACCGGGACAAGACGCUGGUGGUGCAGUUCACUGUCAAACACGAGCAGAACAUCGACUGCGGUGGUGGCUAUGUCAAGCUCUUUCCUGCCAGCCUGAACCAGGAGGACAUGCACGGCGACUCUGAGUAUAACAUCAUGUUUGGCCCUGAUAUCUGCGGACCCGGCACAAAGAAAGUUCACGUUAUCUUUAACUACAAAGGCAAGAACGUGCUCAUCAACAAGGACAUCCGCUGCAAGGAUGAUGAAUUCACCCACCUCUACACCCUGAUCGUCCGACCUGACAACACCUACGAGGUGAAGAUCGACAACAGUAAGGUGGAAUCGGGGAGCCUGGAGGAUGACUGGGAUUUCCUGCCUCCUAAGAAGAUCAAGGAUCCCGAGGCCAAGAAACCCGAUGACUGGGAUGAGCGUGCCAAGAUUGACGACCCUGAGGACUCCAAACCUGAGGACUGGGAUAAACCCGAACACAUCCCUGACCCCGAUGCCAAGAAGCCGGAGGACUGGGAUGAAGAGAUGGAUGGGGAGUGGGAGCCCCCCGUCAUUCAGAACCCUGAGUAUAAGGGCGAAUGGAGACCCCGACAGAUUGACAACCCCGACUACAAGGGGAAAUGGGUGCACCCUGAGAUCGACAACCCUGAGUACACCCCCGACCCCAGCCUCUAUGCCUACGACAG